UACUCUAGUUGUCGCUAGUGAGCAUACGUUAACGACAUCUAUGAGAAUCUUAUGGAAAAAUCCAUUAGUACCACUCGAAUCCAACAGAUGGCUUGAAAUGUUGAAUAUAUUGCCAAUAUUGAAAAUAAUGCAAUGUUGUUUUGAACUUGCGCAGCAAGAGUUUCAUUAAGUGCGUCAGUUACCGUGCACCGCAGGCAUUCGAUUUCAUGCGCGAGUCACAAUAGAUAUGUUUUGACACAUCGUGACCUUAUCUGUUUGUAAACAAAGUGACCAUUUGCGUUGGUUUGUUGUGUGUUUAUCGUUGUUCUACAGUGUCGGUAGUUUUAAACAGUGAAAAAUAGUUAUUGGAUAACCAGUUUUGAGGAAAAAUGCCUACACAAUGUUGUGUCAGCUACUGCAGGUCGCGAUCCCAUCCAGAAGAACCGGUACCGCUUCACAGAUUCCCCCAGAGUGACCAUUUUCGUGAUGUAUGGAGACAGAUUCUUGAAGUUGGGCCCAUCAAGUUGUCUGCAUCGAGAGUGUGUGGGAAGCAUUUUUCCAUCUCCCAAUAUGAUAAUUAUGAUGCGAAAACAUUAAAAAUAAACACAUUCCCCGAUAUGCAGCUGCCACGAACUAGAAAAGUGAUUGAAGUACAGCAAAAUCCGAAAAGAGCGCAGAAGAGGACACACUCGGAGUAUAUUUAUUAUAAUGUCCGGAAGCACCGGACAUAUAUCCGGCGUCAAGACGCGUCCUACUCCGACGACAAAGAAAAUACUACGCCUGUGAUCCCACAAAAUGAGCCUAAAACCUCGGAAAAUCUUCGUCAUAUAUGUACGCAUUACUCACGAAUCCAACAAGUAAUGAAAGCUGAAACUAGUAAGCGUUCCAGAUCAAUGGACAGCGGCACCGAUAGCCCAUCGAUUUUUUCUGCUUCGAUGUUUGAAAAUGUUGGCCGUGAGGAAACUGUGACAACAGAAAAUCAAUUGAAGGAAAACGAAUAUCCAAGGUCUAGCAGCAACUCCCAUGGUCCAAGUGAGAAAAUCGGCCGAUUCAUCAUGUUUAAAGGCUUGUUCAACAUUGAUGGUCUAACCACACGACAUCUCAAGCACCUAACUGGACUAACAAAAUGUCAGUUUGAAUUUGUAUACGAUUUGUGCACUGAUCGCCAAACUGAAUGUCCGUACUACGGACUAGCUUUGAGGGAACAACUUUUGUGCACAUUUAUAAAAUAUAGAAAAGGAUGGGAAUUCCUAACAUUAGCCAUACUUUUCAAGCUGAAAGAGUCCACUGCUCGUGAUAUUUUUGUUUUCUGGACAAAUCUGCUGAACAGCCGAAUUGCAGCGAUAGAUUUUUGGGAAUUCGGUUCACGCCAAGAAGAUGAAUACAUAGCGAUAUUAGAUUGUACGGAAAUACCGAUGGAAAAACCGGAAUCACCAGAUAUACAGCAAGUAACAUUUUCAAAAUACAAAAAUACGAACACCUUCAAAGUGCUCGUUGCCAUAGAUGAGCAAGGAACAAUUUUGUUCGUCAGUGAUGCAUAUGGAGGAUCUGUAUCUGACAACAAAAUCGUUGAACUAUCUGGAAUCAUCGACAAGCUGCAUGAAGGCGAUCACAUUUUAGCAGAUAGAGGUUUCGAGCAAACUGACAUUUUGUCAGCGAAAGGAAUUAUACUCAAUCGGCCACCAAACAAAAAGGGCGAGCAAUUGAGUGAAGAAGAUGUUUUCAGAACUCGUGCGAUAGCCUCACGGCGCAUCGACGUUGAGCGUAUGAUAGGGUACGCAAAAACAUAUAAAAUUUUAUCACAUAAAGUGACGCACGCUAUGUUCCCAUUCAUGGAUAAAAUCAUAAAGGUGUUGUUCAAACUGACCAACUUCAGACCACCAAUUUGCAAGAUUGCAAAAGACCGAGUUAAAGAGGAUCUUGAACUUUGACACAGAUCUCAUAGCAAGAUUAAUAUGACUACAAUGUUGUUUCAGAUUCACAUACCGAAAAACCGUUAUGAAAUUCAAGUGAAUUCUCUAAUUUCAAUUCCGAAAACAAUAAAUGUUCAUGCAUCACCAAGGAAUAAUUUGUUUAUGUUUCAGUACAAAUAAAUAACAAAAAGUUUGCAGUA